AUGGAUCCCUCUUGCAGAAUCUUGGCCGUCUCCGCCACGAUAGACGGGGCGAAAGCGUUCAUUCAGCAAAUCAAAACCAUUUCAAUCACAUCACCCUCUCAAACGGAUGCCCCUACCACAGUAACAUCGCAGGCCGUGUCGAGUGACGCCGCAGCUUUCGCGCACAUUCCCUGGACGAUCACGAAUCGAUAUUACACCGCCGAUGUUCACUUCGCGCCCCUAAGGAUGGAGGCGGUGACUUCUUCUAUCUUCUUGGCUGGGAUGAACCGACGUCCGCCACCCGCGAUUGUGUAUGUGUGGAGGGAGGGCGAGGCCUAUUCUGACCACAUCGCAGAGCUGUCACGAAUCAUGGCUUCGGAAUCGUACGAACCUGAGGUUUCAUUGGCUGUCCGAAUCCCUGCCCCAAAAUCCGACGCCGAGCCUUCUACGUCACUUGCACGUAAGAAUGACGAUGCAGAAGACGACGGAAUGAACGGCGACAUCGACAACACGCUGGUGUCGUACGGGUUUGAGUACAUCGACGGCACGCGGCCAUUGGAAGCAUCGACAAGUGCGAGCGGGACAGAGUUGCGAGAUGGCACGUUCUAG